CGAAAAAUCCGAACCAAGGGGAAGAGGUAGUCCUGAGUUUGAGUAUCACGUCGGGGGGUAAUCGUGAUCCUGGAAGUUUUAGGAUCGACCCUAUGAGAGAGAGGGCGCGACCAUUUAUUCUGUUGAUGAGAAGCAUUAAAAUCUGAACUAAAUUGUUUGAGGAUAUGUACACUUUAUUGAAUGGAUUUUACAAAUAUCUAGUCCAGAAAGACGAGUAUUUUGUACUCAUCCUGGGGCUUGAUAAUGCUGGCAAAACGACAUAUCUGGAAGCUGCAAAAACGAAAUUCACGAAGAAUUAUAAAGGGAUGAAUCCAAAUAAAAUAACGACAACUGUUGGUCUGAAUAUUGGAAAAAUUGAUAUUGACGGAGUGAGACUAAAUUUCUGGGACUUGGGGGGACAAGAGGAAUUGCAGUCACUCUGGGAUAAGUAUUAUGCAGAAUCACACGCAGUAAUUUAUAUAGUCGACUCGUCAGAUCGUGAGAGAAUUCCAGACUCCAAAGAGACUUUCGAUCGAGUGAUAUCGUCAGAACAUUUGACUGGUGUUCCUUUAUUGGUUCUGGCAAAUAAACAAGACAUUUUGGACUCAAUGGGCAUCAGGGAAGUUAAACCUAUAUUCAAUCGCAAUGCACAUCUGAUUGGGAGAAGAGAUUGUAUGGUCAUGCCAGUUUCAGCAUUAAAAGGAGAUGGAGUAGACGAGGGAAUCCAUUGGCUCGUCGACUGUGUCAAGAGGAACAGCGAUGUUCGACCCCCGAGAAAUCAAGACGACAAUUGUUUGUCGUAGCUCCUCAUCGCCAAUCUCAUCAAUACAUUUAAUGAAUUCCAUAAGAAAAAAAUCCAAAAAAACUUGUUAAUAAGUAAUAAAAUUUUAUGUCAUUUA